AUGGCUUUGACCAACACAGCCAUUGACCAGCUUCCACGGUUACUAAUUAAUCAGCAACAAGCAUGUUCAGGUUACAAGUGUGUAGCUCACCAUUUUUAUUUUUCCAUGUUCAAAUUUUAUUCAAAAAGAAUUACUAAGUUACAACUCUGCAGAUCCACCGCCCAAUUCGACCCUAGCCUGGUGGAGAAGGCUCUGGUGAUGGUAAAAACUGCUGUGACUUACUUGAAACCUGGAUUGGCCUCAUUUUGGCAUUAUGCCAUGGUGGAGUUGGCUCCUCCAACCCUGGCUGAGAUUCUUACAGCUAUUUGGAGCUUGAAAAAAAUACUCAAUAGUGCUCAAGCUAAUAGCUUCAAAUAUCUCACAGUUAAGGAAGCUCUGCUGGCUGGUUUGGCGGCCACUGAAGUGUGGAUGUCGUUUUGUAUCUGUGAGAUCAUAGGCAAGGUUGGCAUCAUUGGCUAUGAUGUUUGAAGAUCAAUCUUUAACAUUUGAUGAUAUUUGGUUUACUAUUUGAGCAUUCUUGGACCAUGUGUGAUUAGACUUCUAUGUGAAGAAAAUGAAACAAAAAAAGAACAGACUUUUAAGAAGUUCUUAUAUUUAUGCACAUGUA